GGCACGGGGCACGCACACUAGCUAGUUCCGUCUCCCUCGUCUCCAUGACUCCUCCCGGGCUUAUCUUCCUUCCUUCCCCAAACGUCACUCAAGAACUCUGUGACACCUCCUCCCUUGGCCUUUACCAUCUCCAGGACGCUAUAAAUCGCAUCGUCUCGUCCCCACGACUCCACAGUCCAAGAAAGGAACCCAGGGGGACAAAUUAGAGUAACCAAGAAGGCGCUAGCACUAGCAGUCUACAUGAGGAUCCACCCGACGUCGACGCCGGCGGCAGACAAGAUGAAGAAGGACCUGCGGAGGCUGCCGCACGUGUACAGCAAGGUGCUCGAGCUGCCUCUGCCCGCCGACGCCCACGUCGCCGCCUUCGAAUCCCCCGCGGCGUUCCACUUCGUCGCACCCGGCUCCGGCGCGGCCAGCGAGGUGUGGGCGCGCACGGUGAGGAUCCACCCCGGCGUCGUCAAGGUGGUGGUGCAAGCUGCCGGAGCCGGCGACGAGGAUGAUGAUGACGGCAUGGAGCUCGACAGGUGGAGGUCCCGGCUGCCCGAGGAGAGCUGCCCGGCGAUGGCGGUGGCCGGGUUCGUCGACGGGCGGCUUGUCGUCACGGUGCCGAAGAGCACCGGAGGCGACGCCGGUGAAGGGGAAGAUGGAGCUUGGAAGUUCUGCAAUGGAGGAGAGAUUACUGGGAAACUUGUGGUUGUACAGUAGAAUUACCAGCGAUCGAGUAGUAAUAGUGUGUGUAUGAGCGCUAAUUGCUCAUCUGGUUUAUCUGAUUCUGGUAUACUAGCUUCUUGCCAUCUUUCUUCUUUUUGGUAAAGAUGGGGAUGCUUCAUGUUCUUCCUUGCCUGGCCUUCUUACGUCCUUCUGAGCAUAUGGAAGAACCAGCUGUUGUGAAGUCUGUGCAUCUACCUGCUUUCCUUGGAAUCAACUGUACAUAAGUUGUGAGGAAUCCUUUGCUGGAACUCA